AGAGAGGGAGAGAGAGAUCCUAAAUCGAAUAUAAAACUGCAGUCUUUGGAUUGUUACAAAAAGAGGGAGGUUACCAGACGCAUUGAAAGCAGAGGCCAAACUGCGGUCGGGUACGUACGUCUCCAAGCUUUUGCUGUUUCUUUCUGGCUGAAAACUGGAGCAUUGGGGUAGGUCGACGCGCAAUCGUCGGUUACAUUUUUUUUCUCGAGAAAAUCCGGGGAAAUCCUCUGGGAAUGUGUUUGUCUGCAGGUUUUCUGGGUGGGAGCUGAGUGGCUGAGCUUUUUGGACAACUGGUCUUUGAUCUUUUUUCUGGGAGGAGUUGCUUUUUUUUGUUGGGAUGCCCGAUAAAGGUGUGGCCGUGGCGUAUUCAUGGUUUUCCCGGCCUAGUCCGAUGAUUCACUGGUCGUUUAAGCUGUUGACGUUGUCCUUCUUUCUUGGCUUGUUGGUUGUUUGGGGGAUUGACGGGUGGAGUCUCAGAAAAUUACAGAAGGAUUUUGUGGUGGUCGAGGUCAGUAAAGGGAAUGGAACCCAGGAAAAAUCAAGCUCCUCCAAUAUUGCCUCUAUUCGCCCGACUCUCCACAUGCGCGAAGAAGCUAAACCAAACGUACCAAAUCUGAAUCUCACCCACCCAAAUCUGACCAGAACCCAGGAAAAACCCUCGCAAAAUUCCACUGUUUCUGCUAAUUUAACGCAUACCCAACAAAAUUCUCUCGAUUCUGGGUCUAAGAAAGAGUCCAACAAUACCGAUUUUAGUGAAGAGAGUGAUUUGCAUUGGAUCUCAGCCGAGCUAGAGCCGAACUACACCUCGACUCUGCUAACUGGAUGGCGGGUUCCGGGAGGCGAGCCGUGUCGAGAGGCAAGAACAGUGGAUAUUUCAAUUCCAAGCUUGGACGGGCACGGCGGAAUCGAGCUGUCAACGGGGAAAAUCCACGAGUUUGUUUUCCAUGCUUUGGAUGAAUCAGGGAAGGCUAUCUGCUGGGGCGGGGAUUUUUUCGAAACCGACCUUUCGGGCGAAAACUGGAAAUCUCGUCCUCCAAUCAAGGAUUUUGGCAAUGGCAGCUAUGCUUUCAGCCUCCAAGUUCACCCCGAUUUUGCCGGCGAUUUCAAUCUCACCGUGAUCUUACUUUUUCGGCGCUACGAGGGCCUCAAGUUCUCCCCUUACAAGUCCGCAUUCGAUAGACAGCUCCGCAAAAUCCCAAUCAAGUUCGCCAAAUCGUCAGCCCAACUGCCGCAGCUAGCUGUCUGUAAAAAGUCCGAUUUCACCCGAGACCUCUGGUCCGGCCGCUGGACCCGCCACGCCAAGAACCCGAGCUGCUCCGUCGACAACGCCGGGCGGUUCCUGUGCCUUGACCCGAGGUUACAAUGCCCGAAACCCUGGUGCGACGGCUCCUUGGCGGCGCUGGAGAGCAACGGCUGGACCUAUUCCGCGCAUUGCUCGUUCAAGCUGUUCUCCGGCAAGAGCGCGUGGAACUGCUUGAAAAACCGGUGGAUUUUUUUCUGGGGCGAUUCGAAUCACUCCGACACCAUAAGAAACAUUCUUCGACUUAUUCUCGGCCUUGAUGAGAUCAAAGAAGUCCCAAGAAGAUGCGAUUUGAACAUCACCAAUCCGAGACACCCAUCUCAAUCUUUUCGGAUUACGACCAUAUUCAACGGCCACCAGAAUGAAACCGGCAACUACCAGGGCCUGCAUUCGCUGGACGACGAGGGUUUUAGGGAUCUGAUUAGGGGUUAUUUCUCCCGGGAGGCGGUUCCGGAUACGGUUGUGUUGAAUUCCGGGUUGCACGACGGGGUCUACUGGAAGAAUGUGAGGAGGUUUACGGAGGGGGCGGAGAGGGCGGCGGCGUUCUGGGCGGAGGUGGUGGGUUCGGUGUCGGAGAGGGGGCUGCCGGCGCCGAGGGUGGUGUUCCGGAGCACGGUGGCGACGGGCGGGUACGCCCGGACGCUGGCGUUCAACCCGCACAAGAUGGAGGCUUUCAACGGGGUGUUGCUGGAGAAGCUGCGGCGGCGCGGGGUUGUGGACUGGGUGGUGGACCACUUCGACAUGACGUUCCCGUGGCACUACGAUAACCGCUGCAACGACGGCGUCCACUACGGCCGAGCUCCGGCCAAGGCCCGGUGGAGGGACGGCCAGGUCGGCCACCAUUACUUCGUCGACCUCAUGCUUGGCCACGUGCUGCUCAACCUCUUCUGCUCACGAUAGCACCACGCUCCAGGCUCCGUUAACGUGCGCCGCAUGCGACCUGUUCCAAAUUCCAAAUUCUUUUCGAUCUUUUAAUAUUUUUAUUUUUGGGGGUUUUCAUCAAAUCCAAGCACUUGCAAUCGGACCAUUAGCUGGUUGUCAUUUCGGUGGAUUAUGGCUUGGAGAGGGCAGCACGAAGCUGGAUUGAGCAGGCAAACACAAAGUGGUGUGCUUCGUUUUUAAUUGCUGGCAUGGCCCAGCUGAGCUGCUGCUAGGGCCCGCAUCUACUUCUAUAUAUAUAUAUGUAUGUAUGUAUUAUAGUGAGAGAGAGAGAGAGAGAGAGAGAGAGAGAGAUAUUUGUAACAUGGUUUCCCCUUUCCAAGUUAGCAUAAUUUUUGUUUUUUACCAUUUUGGGGGUUCAUUGUUUAAGCCUCUUCUGUAACGGAUUUAAUUAUCCUUCCUCUCUCAAUGAAGUAUAUAAAUCUUUUAAC